CUGAUAAUGUGUCAAAUGUCAGCUAGAUUUGAAACAACAAUUUAUUCGGCCUUCGGCGAUUUAGGAAUACCAAAAUACGCGGAAAAUAAGUCGUAAUAUAUAAUAUGUAUAUCAGUUUUAUUUAUUAAUCAUGGAGGUUGACGGUGCAUAUGAAGAGAUCGAUGGUUCAAUCCAUAGCAUACAUGUGCGAAACUUUUUUUGUCAUGAUAAUUUAGAAAUAAGUUUUAACAGAAACGUAAACUUUAUAGUUGGAAGGAACGGUAGCGGGAAAAGUGCUAUAUUAACAGCUCUUAUAGUUGGCCUAGGAGGCAGAGCCGCUGCUACGAAUAGAGGAAAUAAUCUUCAUUCGUUUAUAAAAAAAGGUGCCAAUUCAGCAACAAUUGAGAUUAAAAUCAGAAAUAGCAGUCCAAGAGCUUACAAACAUGAUGUCUAUGGUGAUUAUAUUACAAUUGUAAGAACUAUUAACUCUUCUGGUGGAUCCAGUUAUAAAGUUAAAUCAGCAACAGGUGAGAUUAUUUCAACAAAAUUUGAAGAAGUGAAUGCAAUAAUUUUAACACAUGAUAUUCAAGUGAAUAAUCCAAUCUCGGUUUUGAACCAAGAUGAUGCAAGAAGUUUUCAUGCCUCUGAUGCUAAGAAAAAGUAUAUGCUGUUUAGGAAAGCAACAAAUUUUGAUCAAACAGAAACUAAUUAUGUCAAAGCAUUGGAAAACUGUAAGAAGGCUGUUGCUAUUUGGAACAGAAAGAAUGAGGCUUGUCAAGAUCUUGAAAAAGAGUACAAAAAAUGGAAGGGUAUACAUGAUCAAAUGCAGUCCAGAGAUGAAAUUGAAGUCCAGAAGCAGGCUCUACAGAAUGAAUAUUAUUGGAGUGAAAUAGCCGAAUUUGAACAAGAAACGGCAACCAUACAAAAUCAAUGUGAAAAACAAAGAAUUAAAUGUGAGAAACUCGUAGAAAAAUUAAGGAAUAUGGAGGAGAAUUAUGGAAGUAAUACAUCUGCUAUUGAUUCUUUAAAGAAAAGCCUAAAAGAAAAGAAUACGGAAAAGUGUGCGCUGGAAACAGAACUCCGAGGGCUCGAGGAGUCAUUGCGAGAGGUGCAAAGCGCCCAUCGUAACACACAGCGGGCCAGUAACAAGCUUAGCGAGUUGCUAGCUCGCGAGAAUAGGAAGGUCACGGAUCUGGAGAGGGAGAUUCAGAAUAUACAAUCGGGGAGUGCAGCGUCCCAACGCGCGGAGCUGGAGGCGCACGCGCAAGCGGCGGACGAAGCGGCGAAGGCGGCGCGAGCGCGCUACGAGACGCAGCAGAACGACACGGCGCAGGCGCGCGCGCACGCGGCGCACGCGCAGCCGCUCGCCGACCGCGCCGUGGCCCGGGCGCAGCUGCAGCGCGACAAGCUGAAGCAACUGAAGCAGCAGCUGCGCGAGCUGCAGUCGCGCGGCGGCGACUCGUUGGCGGUGUACGGCAGCGACAUGGUGGAGCUGUGCCAGCGGCUCCGGACCUGCAGGGACUUCUCUGCCCCCCCACGCGGACCCGUCGGUCACUACUUAAAAGUUAAGGAUAAGAAAUGGGGUGGGGCUUUGGAGCACAUCAUUGGCGGAUCACUUCAAACUUUUUGCGUCAAUUCGCCUGAAGAUUCCAGAAAAUUGUUCACCUUGAUGGGCAAGGUAUAUGGCAAAAACCCAAAACCAGCGGUAACAUGCAGCAAGUUCCUACCGAAGGUGCACGACGUGCGCCGCAACACGGUCCGCGCGGCCGGCUACUGCUCCGCUCUGGAAGCGCUGGACGUCGCCGACGCGGUUGUGGCCAACUACCUCAUAGACAAUAUAGGCCUGGAAAAGAUCCUGCUCGUGCCGGAGCAUGAUGACGCGGUCCGGCUGUCGGACACGGUGGAGAACGUGCCGGAGCACUGCGCCAAGAUAGUGACGGUGGACGGCUCGGAGUACCACCCGGCGCCCGGCUACCGCUGCUACGGCGGCGCCGCGCGGCCGCCGCGCUACCUGCACCUCAGCACCGCGCAGCGCACCAAACAGGUGGAAGCUGAAAUAAUUGAAGCUGAAGCGACACUCCGCUCGCUGGAGGCGGAAGCGGAGAGGCUGAACGCGGAGGCGGCGCAGGCGCGGAACGACGAGCGUAGUGCCGCUAAAACGCUUCAAGCGCUGCUCGUUAACUUGCACAGGAAAGAGGAGGAGGCGAGGGAAGCGGCUUCAGCGCUGGAUCAGCAACAGGCGCCUCAUUAUGCUGUGUUGGUGGACGAAUUGAAUAUUACCAAAGAAAAAGUGCAAUCACUGGCUCAGCAAGUGGAGAGUCAGUCGGCGGAAGAGAAUAAAUGUAAAGAGAGAGUGGACGAUGUGGAGAAAAGUAUUCGGGAGGCGCGAGCAAAAAUUGCAAAACUUACCGUUAAUUGCAGGGGUCUAAGUGAAGAGAUAGAGCAAGAGCAACUGAAAGUGGAGCAAGGUGCGAGCGAGCGCGCGACGUGCGAGCAGCGCGUGCGCGAGGAGCGCGACAAGCUGCGCCGCGCCGAGGAGAUCCUGCGCGACAAGCAGGCGCUCGUCGCGCACAAGGUGCAGCAGGCGCUCACGCUCUGCCCUCGGGUGGACAACCCCAGGGACAAGGCGACGGUGACGGGCGAGCUGAAGAAGACGCAGCUGAAGCUGAGCUCGCUGUCGAGCGUGGGGCUGAGCCGCGCGCAGGUGGCGGAGCGGCUGCUGCACGUGGAGCGCGGCUACCGGCGCGCGCGCCUCGCGCUGCAGCGCCUCAGCGCGCUCAUUGAGGACAUUGAAGCCACUUCGAAUAAGCACUUGAAGUUCUGUCAGCAAGUGCAGACGUUCAUAGCGAAGCGCGUGCAGUACUGCUUCCAGUCAAUAUUGACUCUCAGAGAAUAUUCGGGUCGCAUAGAGAUCGACAACGCGCGCGGCACGCUACAGAUAGUGUGCGCGGGGCGCGAGCGGGGCGGGGCGCGGGGCGGCGGCGGGGCGCAGGGCGGCGGGGCGAAGGGCGCCGCGUCCUCCACCUCGUCGCUGUCGGGCGGCGAGCGCUCCUACUCCACCGUGGCGUUCAUGAUGGCGCUGUGGGACUGCGUCGAGCUGCCAUUCUACUUUAUGGACGAGUUCGACGUGUUUAUGGACAACGUAAAUCGUCGCAUAGUGUUGGACCUGCUCAUCGACCACGCGCUGAAGAACAAGAACCGGCAGUUCGUGUUCCUCACGCCGCAGGACGCGUCCGCCGUCACCGCCAGCCCGCAAAUUACUAUACACGUAAUGGCUAACCCACGCCCGUGAAUCUCCAUUUUGAAUCGUUACCAUCAAGCACCAGUGAUAUUACAUUGUAAUUUUGUAUUUUGUAUCGUUUUAAUAUAUAUUGUUUUUAAAAUAAAACACAGUCGUUUGAUUGAAAAAGAUCAUCAACACCAUUUAUUUAAUACUAUUCGCCAUUCAAAAUUACAUCAAAACGAGUGGAACGAUGUACUAUUGCACUAUACAACCACUUCCACUAUGAGAUCACGCACGCUUCGGCGAAACUACGAGCGUUUGUAUGACGGCGCCUUACACUAGUGCCUUUUCACACAUGCAAAUUCAUUAAAGAAUUUAAUCAGUUCUAUGUACAAAAAAAUUGUUUCUCUUGUGAAAUUGUACGUGUCGAAAGGCUUUUAUUAUAAUGAAUGAAUGCAGAAAACUUAAAAAGUAUUUGUUAAUAAAGUAUUAGUUGUGCAUUUAACUGGAAGCGUUUCAAAUCGCCGUCAUACAAUCGCCCGUGAACGCCAGUGACCAAAGUCCAGAGACUACAGCAGUUACAAAUAAAUUGAUAUAAAAUAACUUACACCUAUUCGCUAUGAAUAUGGUUAUUUCUUUAUAUAUUAACAAUCUAAGUCUUAUUUAUAAGGCGAGCCCGCCUUGGGUGAUAAGCGUAAUCGUUGGACUUAUUCCUACAAUUUUUAUUUACUAAAUGAGCAUCUAUCGGCACCGCAAAUUUUGCUACAUUGUGAUAAUUCUGCUUUUUUUGCUCUUCAAGAUACAUGUCAGUUUUACAAAAGAAUCGCACGAAACAAGUAUGUCAUAUAAAUAAAUAAACAAUAUGUUUUAUGUGCGUCCGAUAGAACCCCAAUACCCGGAUCGUUCAAAUUUGAACUACAAACUCAAUUUCUAUGUUUCUCAGUUGUACAACUGAUUUUCUAUUUUAUUAUGUAACAUCAAUUAUUAAGUAAAUUUAAUUAAGAAUAUGCAGUUUUAUAAGCAUAUAACAUUUUCAAAUACAUGCUAUGUAAUGAAAAAU